CUUAAAUCAGUACUAGAUGGCAAUCAAGUUCAGCUUUGCGAUUUUGAGCUUUUUAAGUGUGUUUCUUAUCAGUCAGGGUUUGAAAUUUAACCCAGAGGACUUGCACAAUUAUUAUAAGUGCUGGAUCAAUGCCGUGUGCUUUACAGAUGGGCCGGAUGCUGGGAAACUGUUAAACUGCUUCAACAAAUUAACACCAGAGGAAUUACAAUCAUGCUUCCAGUUGAUAAAGAAUAAUUACUUCAAUUACAAAAGUGAUGAUAUUUUCGGUGCAAUAAAAGAAUUAUGCCAUUUUGAUGAUGCCAAAAGGCAAUAUGCCUAUAACAAAACAGUAGAUGGUAUAAUUGAGACUAGUAAGAAGGUCUGUGGCGAUUCAGACAAGACAGACGAUUGUUCAAGAGAUGACGACUUCCUUACCUGCCUUUAUGAUAAUAUGAAUCAACUGAAGCAAAUGGGAAAAUGUAACUGAAGUAUAUCUAUCAAAAAGUAAUAUUCAAUGCAUGAGGAAAGAAAACUUGUUUCUAUGUAUUAAACUAAUUAACUUUGAAUGACUUGCCUUUUCAGAAAAAAAUUGAGGGUAUAUGUAAGUAUUGAAAUAUUGAAAUAAAAUAUUAAAAAAAAGGCAAAUUCACUCGUUUUCUUAAAUUUUAUAUUGACUAAAAUAAAAACAAUUAGAAAUUUUUUGUAGAAUUUGUGGUAUUAGAUUUCGAAAGCCAUCUCAAAAAAACUGAAAGUGAUACGUUAGAAUAUUACAUAUUAUUUUAUAGUAUCAGAAAUAUACUAUGUAAGUAACAGUCAAAAAAAUUCUGACUUUAAAAUUUGAACAUUUCUUCUAAAUUCAGGCUUUCUUGAAUCUGAAAAAUUAUCACUCAAAAUUAUGUGAAUUAAAAAAUGGAACAAGCUGUAUAAAUAAAAUUUUAUAUUUGGUACUUGUUAAGGGUUUAUGAUUUGAAACUACACAGAUUAGGUUUGUUGGCACAACAGCUAAACAUGGCCAUAUUGUGCCAAUUUUUUUUUUAUUACGAUGCACAACAGAAGAAAAGUUAAUAACAUUUGAUAUAAGUAGCAAAAUUGA